UUUUUUUUUUACAAAUAGAAAAUAAAGAAAAACCUGCCAUAAAAGGACAUCCUUCUUUCUCAUAUUCUGAUAUUCAAGGCCUAGUGAAGGAGCAGUUAGCAGAAGAAUACUUUUCAAUCAUGGAGAAGAGCAUCCUCAAAAGCCCGGCCCUUCUAAAGUAUAUCUUUGAGACAAGCGCUUAUCCAAGAGAAGACGAGCCAUUGAAGGAGCUCAGGGAAGCUACUGUCAAGAGAUAUGACCAUUAUAUAAGUGUGAUGCUUGUGCCUGUAGAUGAAGCGCAGCUCCUCUCGAUGCUGCUUAAAAUCAUGAACGCAAAAAACACUCUAGAACUUGGAGUUUUCACUGGCUAUUCUCUCCUUGCCACUGCUCUUGCUCUACCUGCUGAUGCCAAAAUCACAGCCAUUGAUCCAGAUAGAGAAGCAUACGAGGUAGGAUUGCCAUUCAUCCAAAAAGCAGGUGUGCAGAAUAAGAUUAACUUCAUCCAGUCAGAUGCCAUCUCAGUUCUAAAUGACCUUAUUGACAAUCAGGGAAAAGAAGGGACAUUUGAUUUUGCGUUUGUGGAUGCUAACAAGGAGGAAUACAUGAAAUAUCAUGAGCUGCUUAUAAAGCUUGUUAGGAUUGGUGGAAUAAUUGCAUAUGACAACACGCUAUGGUUUGGAACAGUGGCACUAGACUGUGAGGACCAAGUGGAGGUGGAUUUUAGAGAAAGCAGAAAGCAUAUAUUGGAGUUGAACAGCUUUCUAGCCGCUGAUUGUCGUGUGGAAUCUUGUCUUGUUUCAAUUGGGGAUGGACUCACUCUCUGCAGGCGCCUCUAUUAGCGAAAGGGCUUCACUUCCAUCAAAUUUCAGACUUAUAUUGAUGGAAACCAAGUCAAAGUUCAUCAAUCAUCAUCAUCACCGUCAUCAUAUAUAUAUAUAUAUAUAUACAUAAUUAUCACAAUAAAUGAGAGAACUUUUCUUGAAUUUUGUUAUUUGGUACCAUUUGUGAUGAUGAUCAAUAAAAUUUAUUUGCUAAAUAUAUAAUA